GGGAGGGGAGCCUGAGCCGGUCAGGGGCAGGGUUUGACCCUCUGGCUUUGUCCCCAGACGUGAACGAAUGCACCUCCGGACAAAACCUGUGCCACAGCUCCACCCACUGCCUCAACAAAGUGGGCAGCUAUGAGUGCCAGUGCCGCCCGGGCUGGAAGCCGAUUCCCGGGUCCCCCAACGGCCCGACCGACACCGUCUGCGAAGAUGUGGACGAGUGCAGCUCCGGGCAGCAUCGCUGCCACCCGUCCACCGUGUGCACCAACACCGUGGGAUCGUACAGGUGCCGCUGCCGCCCAGGCUGGAAGCCCAAACCUGGGCUCCCGAAUAACCAGAACAUCACUGUCUGUGAAGAGACGCCCUUUACCAACUGGACCCCGCCCCCAGGCAUCCACAGCCGGAGUCUGUCUCGCUUCUUUGAAAAAAUCCAGUAUCUGGGCAGAGACUUCAAGCCAGCCUCAGCCCCAGGCACCAUCAAGGACCUCAUGCAGAAUGUGGAUGAGCUGCUGGAGACCCCUGGGGACCUGGAGAGCCUGUCCCGCUCACAGCAGUGCUGUGUGGCCACCAACCUGCUGGUUGGCCUGGAGGCUGUCCUGAGAGAACUGAGCAAGCUCCUGCCCGACGGGCUGCUCAAUUACUCUGCCGUCACAGAACUGUCCCUGAAGGUGCAGGAGCAAGGAGACGGAAAUGUCACCUUGAGUCAGACUCAGGCAAAGAUGCAGCUGAACUGGAAUCUGGCACAGAAAUCUGGUGACACAGAUAAUGGCCCUUCUGCGGUGGGCCUUGUCUCCAUCCCAGGGAUGGGCAAGUUGCUGGCUGAGGCCCCCCUGGUCCUGGAGCCUGAGCAGCUGGCGGCUCUGCGUGAGAGACACAAGGGCUGGCUGCAGGACGCCCGCCCCGUCCUGCUCUCACAUGUCAACGCUGCCUUUCUGAGCAACAAGGACACCCGGAACCUCAGCUCCCCAGUGACUUUCGUCUUCUCCCACCGUUCGGUGAUCCCUGGGCCAAGGCAGAAGGUAUUCUGUGCCUUCUGGAAGCCUGGCCAGAAGGGAUGUGGUCACUGGGCCACCACAGGCUGCAGGACGGUGGACCCCAGAGACACCAGCACCACCUGCCACUGCAGCCACCUCAGCAGCUUUGCCGUCCUCAUGGCCCACUGCGACGUGCAGGAGGAGGCUCCUGUGCUGACCAUCAUCACCUACGUGGGGCUGGGCCUCUCUCUGCUGUGCCUCCUCCUGGCGGCCCUCACCUUCCUCCUGUGCAAAGCCAUCCAGAACACCAGCACCUCCCUGCACCUGCAGCUCUCGCUCUGCCUCUUCCUGGCCCACCUCCUCUUCCUCACGGCGAUCGACCGAACUGAACCCAAGGUGCUGUGUGCCAUCAUCGCUGGUGCCUUACACUACCUCUACCUGGCCUCCUUCACCUGGAUGCUGCUGGAGGGCCUGCACCUCUUCCUCACUGCGCGGAACCUGACGGUGGUCAACUACUCCAGUGGGAGCAGAUUCAUGAGGAAGCUCACGUUCCCUGUGGGCUACGGCAUCCCGGCUGUGAUCGUGGCCAUUUCUGCAGCAUCUCACCCUCACCUUUAUGGAACACCUGCCCGCUGCUGGCUCAACCCAGAAAAGGGAUUUAUAUGGGGGUUCCUUGGACCCGUCUGUGCCAUCGUCUCUGUAAAUUUGGCUUUCUUUCUGAUGACCCUCUGGAUUUUGAAAAGCAGACUCUCCUCUCUCAACAGUGAAGUGUCUACCCUCCAGAACACAAGGAUGCUCACAUUUAAAGCGACAGCUCAGCUCUUCAUCCUGGGCUGCACGUGGUGUCUGGGCAUGCUGCAGGUGGGGCCAGCUGCCCAGGUGAUGGCCUGCCUCUUCACCGUCACCAACACGCUGCAGGGUGUCUUCAUCUUCCUGGUAUACUGCCUCCUCAGCCAGCAGGUCCGGGAGCAAUACAGGAAAUGGUUCAAAGGGAUCAGGAAAUCGAGAGCUGAGUCUGAGGUGUACGUGCUUUCCAGCAGGGCUACAUCUGACACCUCUAGUCCCAGCACGCACUGUGGAGAGAGCCAGACCCGCCACUUGCCACUCGGGUGACCUGGAAUAACUCAC